ACCUGACAUCGCGAUUCGCAUUGACGCCUGCUCCUUCCCAAACGCGAAACCCGACAAAGGCAUCUCAACCUCAACGAAGCUGACAGACCUACGUCGCUCUACCGACUCAACCUUUGCAUCUCCCGACACGAGUAAUCAACAUCUACACUAUCGGAUUCGUCUUCCUCUCCAUGGUUGUCGCCAUCAGGCGCAUGACCUCCCACAUUCUUUCGCGCAUGCGUUCAGGAGGUCUUCCAACCGCGCCAGCAUCGAGCCGUCCGACCUCUUAAUACCCCAUCACCCGACCGAAAUUUGCCAUCGCAUCGAAGUCAGGUGUUCAACAGGCGACCAGCACCUACCGCCCUCGCGGCCAAUAACAUUCAACAUCUCUGUUUCCUCACCUACGAUCGACAGCAUGCCGCCGGGCUUUAAGGACAGAGGCGGCCGACUACAGGCUUUUGCGCGGAAUAAUUCCACCGGGAAUAAUGGCCGAGACACUAAUGGAGGCCAGGCUCCGGUGCUCGACAAUCGAUUGGAACAACCUCAACCGGUGGCCCCCGUUCCGACACGGCAGGCGAUACUCGAGGAUAUCCGGGCGCCUUCCCCAGUGAACCGCCGAUACACAGCUCCACCCCGCGAAAGCAAUGGUUUCGGUCAACCGCCCCUACGAUCACCAAAACUUCAUCCUAUUUCGUCAUCAAAUAGCCAACCUCGAACCAACUCGAAUGAUCGUAAUGGGGAUCUCUUCUCCGGGUCACAACUCGGAGAGAGCUUCAUGAACUCGGGUCUCACGACCCCUCAAAAUGAGCCAGCAGAGCCAAUUGAGCUUGGCCCGGAGCUGGCUCGGGACCUCAGGAAGAACAUCCCGUCACAUCAUCUCCCAGAUCGCAACCGUCCUUCCCGACCAGCGCAUACUGGCACUGCGUUUGUGGUGGCAAACGACGGCUUCAUGUCCGUGGUUGAGAGACCUCCUCGACACGAUGUUGCCCACAUGGAUGACGGGUUCCGAGACAACGCAGCAAAUGGUCGUCGAAAGCCUAAUGGGUUCUACGAGAGUGACCAAAUCCGCCCCAGCUCGCCACUAAGGCACGAAUCAAAGCUUCCGAUGCGCGAAGUCAGGAUUAGAAGGUCUCACGCGGGUAAAUCGGAAGCGUAUGAUGUCGAUGGCCAUGCAAGGAGCUCAUCCCCUACUAUCCAGCAAUCACAAUGGCAAACGCGAUACAAGACGGACGAUACACGUCGACCCACGACAGUGCACGGCCGAGACGAUGAUGUAGAUUCGGUCGCACAGGAAGACGAACAUCUGACUCCAAAACCCAAGAAACCAAAGCCUGUGGCCAAGAGAGUUCUGAUGGAAAGCUCCAUGCCAGCUAUACCAAUGACCCAGUAUUCUCGAGAAAAGAAGCGACGUCGCCCGAGUCCUGAAUAUGACGACAUGGCACUCACUUCAAUGGCUUUUACGGAUUUACAGAGGCAACCAUUCGACUUUGAUCCGUCCAAGGAAGAAGAGAAGCCGCUCAGCACCAACGCCGAUAACCUAAUUGCGAGGUUGGACCAAUUCCGCCACCUUGGCGAGAAGGAACAACAUGGCUUGUUCUCUGCCAUGUCUGUGGACGAUUGGGAGGCUUCUGGGGAAUGGUUCGUGAGCGAAUUUGCCGGGUUUGUGCAAGACUUGACCGAGGCGAGGAGAAACAAACGCCGGAUCAUCCAGGAGUUUGAAUAUGAAGCUGCCAGCCGCGAGGAGGCCGUGCGCCUUAAGACGGAUACGAUUGACCGAAAGCUGUCUAAGAUGAAGCAGGAUGGUCAGCGAGUAGUGGAGGACAAAAGGCUAUAGGAGAUGAUGAGGGUGGUGGCAGCCCGUGUCACGAUACGACUGUCAUGACUGCAUUUAUGAUGGACUUGGGACGUUGGUUUGCUUUGUAUCAGGAGCGUAGCAUCCGAAGGGCGUUUGGCGAGAACUAGGGCGAUACCAAGUUCACCUACAACUAGGUAGGUAGGCACACAGAGCCGCUACGAUAAUUCACGAUUUUGCUGCACGAUAAACGGGG